GGAGGAGCUCCGACUACGCGGAGGAUGGGUCCCGGUGUGUGUGUGUGUAGCUGUGGGUAACAGCUCUGAAAUGAACGGACGGUCUCCUCUUCGGACACAGAUACCGGUGGAGGAGUUCGAGGAUUGUCCCGGGACGUCUGUGUGCGUUACUGUGCGCCCGCGCAAAGGCCGGCGGAUGAUCACAGCUCCCCGGUCACGAUGAACCUGGCAGCGCGUUGUGCGGCUCGUGUGUCCGUGACACCGGAAUGAUGGUGCAGAGGCGCGUGCGGCUCUGCCGGGAAAUGCGAAACAUGAGUUUAAUGACAGCGAGAGAUGUUACGGAGAGAAACGACGCAUCGGCUCGAAGACAUACAUAACAUGACCGGUGUGCGCCAUUACCCAGAUGCACCUGCACCUACAAUAAAUGAACGGUGGUCGUGAGCUGAUGGAUACCUUUCAGUGACAAGGACAUUAUCUGUUGAUCUGUCCCGCCAAGAGCCACACGUGUAACGAUUCUCUAAGACUUGUCUACCUCUUCUCAUUUUUAACUUAUUGUCAUUUACUGUAUUUCUUUUUCUGUGAUCAUUUUUCCCCUCUGAUGAGCAUUAUGCCAUUUUGAUGUUCACAAGGGAUCAAAGUCGUUAUAUUAUGUCUUCAUGAUGCAGUAGCUGUAAUAUUCUACCAACAUAAACCUUUGGAACUGUUGAUCACAAGAUGAAGGAGGCGUGUCGGAUCUGUGGACGGGAUCUCUGCGGUAACCAGCGGCGAUGGAUCUUCCACCCUACUGCCAAACUCAACCUUCAGGUGCUGCUGUCUCAUGCUCUGGGUCGAGAGCUGACGCGGGAUGGCAGAGGAGAGUUUGCCUGCUCCAAAUGCAUCUUCAUGCUGGACCGCAUGUACCGCUUUGACACAGUCAUCGCCCGCGUGGAGGCCCUGUCCAUUGAGAGGUUGCAACGACUGCUGCAGGAGAAACACAGGCUGAGGCAGUGUAUCAGUGGGCUUUACAGAAAGACAAAUUCAGAGGAAGGCGCUCUAACAAUAACUGGGACAAAUGAAAGACCGGGAGACGGGAUGGUGGACAUUUCAGGUCUCACCCAUGCAAAGUACUGUGCUCUUCUCCAGGAGGAUCUGGUCUACUCUUUGUAUGAGUCCUGGGCAGAUGACAGUCUGGACUUCGACCAUCAUCACCACCCUCAGUGUCCCGUUGCUCUGGGGUCAGAGGUUACAGUCGGAGGCUCACAUCGCUAUGUACCCACCACUCCGAGGAAGUGUCGGGGAUGUUCCUACUUGCGGGUGGCGGACUCUGACUAUGAAGCUGUCUGUAAGGUGCCCAGGAAGUUGGCACGGAGUAUUUCCUGUGGGCCAUCAACCAGGUAUUCAGCCAGCGUUGCUGGAGGGAGCGUGAUUGGAGGAGGUAGGGAAAGCGAGAUAAAACAAGUGGAAGAAUCGGACGAACCUCUGUCCUCUCUAACUCUGGUCCCUGAAUCUCAGGACCCUUCCAGGACAUCAGACAGUGAGCACACUCUGGCGGGACGGGCUAGCUCCAGCCCCUCUGUAGCAUCCCUUGAGAUGGCUGGAGCCACAACAGAUGGACCGCUGAGUUCCCCCAGGGAAGCAAUUGAAGACCAGUUAUCUGACUCCCUCUCUGAGGAGCACAUGGGACCCCCACAUGGCCAAGCCUCUCAUGGACCCAGCUUCUCUCUGGCCCUGUGUUUACUGCAAAGCGUUGCCGUCUACCGCCCAGUCCGACGCACCAAGGGGAGCAAGCUGCCAGUCUUGUGCCGACAGAGCUCCCGUAAUGGAGGCUCAAGGCUGGGCUUCCCAUAUGACGUCCCGAGAAUGUCUUAUGGAACCCCAGACAACAGUGUGGUAACACCCGACCUGGAGACCCCUCUAAUCAGACUGGAUGUCGGGUCAGAUCAGGAUUUCUACUUGACUGGCAUAGAGGAUUUAUUGGAAGAUUUGUACAAAGAAUAUCCUCCCCCACGUCCCCACCAGAACCUUGUUGAAGAGCAGCAGAGUCAACUCAACCAGUACGAGUGUGCGGCCGGCCAGUGUGUCAGCGAGCUGCAGAAGGCCCAGCUCCAGGUCCAGUCCCUGCAGGCCAAGAUCCACGAGAGCGAGGCCAACAACAUGAAGCUGCAGGAGAAGCUGGAUGAGAUGGAGUGUGAGCUGCGUUCACUUCGCCAGGCUGCUCAGAGCCAGGAAAGAACCAUCCAAGGCCUCACUGAGUCCAUCACCACCAAGGACAGUGAGGCCCAAGAACUGUACCAGCUGAUUGAAGGGCAAAACAACACACUGUGUAAGCUGCAGGAAAUGGCCCAUCACAACGAGUUGGCUCAGUCCAAGGCUCCAGUUGGGGUGAGUGAGUCUUUGACAUUCACCCAGCUACAAGAUGAGCUGGUGGGGGUGCAGAGCUCCCUGUUCUCCCUUGGUCUGGAGCUGGAGGCCAGCCAGAGGAAUCUGAGGCAGAGCCAGAGACAAGGAGACGACCUGUUGAGGUUCAAGGACAGACUCGACUCUGAUCUACAAGAGGCUCUGCAGCACAGGGAGGUUACUGAAAAACACAACCAGGACCUGCGCUGUACACUUCAGAAAAUUCGCUCCGAGCUUCAGGCUAAAGAAGCAGCUCUGAAGGAGAGCGAGGCGGAGAAAGACGUCGUGCUGCAGGAUAAAGACAGGAGCGUCGCACAGCUCAAACGCUCUCUGCAGGACAAGGAGCAGCAGUUACAGGAGUACGCAGAGAUGCUGGAGUCAACAGGAAGCUCCAAACCGAGAGAUGCCCUUCUGGAGAAAUUAAGGGAGCGUAUUAAAGAUAGAGACCAAGCUCUGGAGCGCUCCAUCGACGACAAGUUCCACUGUCUGGAGGAGCGCGAGGGUCAGGUGAGGAGGCUGCAGCUGGCCCUCCGCGAGAAGGAGCGAGACCUGGAGAGACUCCGCUGCAUCCUGUCCAACAACGAGGAGACCAUCACGAGUCUGGACGCCUUGGUGCGUGGUAAAGAGCUGGAGCUGGAGCAGGCAGCUGAGGCCUACAGGAACCUCCAGUGGCUGAAGCAGCAGAGUGAGGAGAAGGAAAGAAACACUCUGAGAGACAAAGACGCCAUCAUUAACCAGCUACAGGCGGCUCUGCGGGCACGCAGCCAGGAGAGUCAGGAUCUGACAGCCGCCCUGGUUGCCAGAGUGGAGGCCGGCCCCACCGAGGUGGUGGAGGAGAUGAAGGCCCGGCUGGCUCUGAAAGAGAAGCUCUUCCAGGAGCUGUUGUCGGACCGCAGCCGCCAGGCAAACGAACACCAAGCACAGAUCCAGGAUCUGCUCAACACUCUCAGCUCCAAAGACCAGUAUCUACAGGAUUAUUCCUACAGGCUUUCCUUAGUGAUUAGUGAGAGGACGGGCCAGCUGCAGGAGCUCCGCAGACAGCUGUCACUAAGAGAGCAGGAACUGUGUGAGCUGAGACGUGACAAGGAGAGAGACAUGGGAGGAGAGACAGAACAUCUGAGGAGUCUCCUCAAAGAGAAGGAAGCUUUCAUCAAGGAGCUCAUGCAGGCCCAGGAAGAAACCAUGCAGCCAAAGGAGGCCGAGGCAGAGAUGAAGGCUCUGCAGGAGGAGAUGCAGCUGGUGCUGAAGAAGGAGAUGGAGGCUCAGAAGGAGAUCUCUGCUCUGCGUCUGUCUUUGGCUCGACAGCGGUCGGAAGGAGCCGAGACAAAAGACCGCGCCGAUCACCAAUGCGUGCUGGAGCAGCUUGUGUCGGAGUACAACAAGCUGAACGAUGCCCUGAGGGCAGAAAAGAGAUUAUACCAAAAUCUCACGCACAUUCACAAGGGCGACAGCAACUCAGAGAAGAUCCGGGCCCUGCACACUGAGCUAGACUCGGUUCAGGCACUUCGCGGGCAGCUAGAGGAGGUCCUUGCUAGGACCCGUAACAUGGCCUUGAUGCUGGAGCGGGCGGCUAAAACGCAGCCUGACUUUGGAGAGCUCAGCACGGAGGAAGAGGAGGAAGAGGAGGAGGAGGAGGAGGAGGAAGAGGAGGGAGAUGACGAAGAUGGCAGCAGCGACGAGUUCACGGACAGCAUAGAGGAGGAUGACAAUAAUGUGACAGCCAGGAGUUUGACCUCCGUUCAGGCUCGUGUACCUGAUUGUGUGAGUGGAGGUCUGGAGAGGGGCGUCCUGCCCCACAGUGUUGACGUUAAGCGGCUGGAGGAAGCGAAGACGACGCUUGAAGCUGAACUUAAAGAAAUAAGGUCGCAGCUGGAAAGGGAUGGAUACACCUCGGUGGCUCAGAUGAGGGCCGCCAUGCAGAGGCUGCAGCGGGAGAACCAGGCUUUGAAAGAAAGCCGGGACCGAGCCGGAGCUGUGGGGCCGAGGACGAGUGCAGGGACGAGUCACAGGAGUCUGAACCGAGAAGAGGAGGAGGAGGAGGAGGAGGAGGAAGAAGAGGAGGAGGAAGAAGAAGAAACAUCUCCGGUGCUGGUGGGGAAGCGAGGACCUCCGUGUGUUAGUCUGAGAGACGAGUCGGGGAAGAGGCACUGCAUGAGGCCGUGCUCUCUGGACCUGGGCCCCCUGACGUCCCACCGUCGCUCACAGCAGCCUGAGAUGGAGGCGGUGCCUGUCGCUGACAGCGCGGAGGACGGUUCAGUGCUCUGGCCGGGCUCGGAGGAGGGUCUGCGCGAGCAGGCAGCUCGCCUGCGCUCCGACCUGGCUCUGCGACACCAGGAGAACAGAGAGCUGCAGGAGAGGCUGAUGGUGUCUGAGGCCACGGUCCACGCUCAGGCGGAACAGCUGAAGGACUACAGAGAUCUGCUCACAGAGACGUCCGUCCAGCAGGCCAGCAAGCAGGUGCAGGUGGAUCUGCAGGAUCUCGGUUACGAGACUUGUGGCCGCAGUGAGAACGAAGCUGAGAGGGAGGACACCAGCAGCCCAGAGUUUGACGACUUGGAGAUGUGCACGUCGCUGUCCCAUCAUCAGGACUGCGAGGGUGCGGGUGGCGGGUGGUACGCAGGAAGCGGCAGUGGUAACAGAGGCGCUUAUGAAAUGGAAGAGGAGUCAGCCUCUCUGCAGCAUCUGGUCCAGGAUCUCCGCUCGCAGCUGACCCGCUGCCACAAAGUGAUCCGGGGGCUGCAGCUGCGCGUCCGCUCCUUGUCUGCCACCAGCGACUACGCCUCUAGUCUGGAGCGCACGCCCCGCAAGGUGAACUGGGCUUUUGAGACGUCACCAGCCCCCAGCGGCGUGGAGGAUGAUGAAGGCUGGAUGUCUGACACCCAAGGGAUUCGCUCCGGGUCCAAGCCCAGCAGGGAGCUGCAGGAGCUGAUGGAGCGAGUUGCGUCACUGGAGGCUCAAUUAAAGAGCACCAGGCUGGAGGGCAAAGGGCAAGAAGAGGAGGGAAAAUGCGCCACCUGGCCUGGAAAGUACAACUCUUUGAUCCAGGCACAAGCUCGUGAGCUGUCCCACCUCAGGCAGAGAAUGAGAGAGGGACAAGGAAUCUGCCACAUCCUGACCCAGAACCUCGGAGAUACCACCAAGGCCUUUGAGGAGCUCCUGCGGGCCAAUGACAUCGAUUACUACAUGGGUCAGAGCUUUAGAGAGCAGCUGGCUCAGAACUCGGCCCUGGCACAAAGAGUGGUCACCAAGAUUAGCGGACGUGAGCGUGCAGAGAGCCAUGAUGACAAGACAGGCCAUGAGUUGCUCGCCUUACGGCUGAGUAAGGAGUUGCAGCAGAAAGAUAAAAUCAUCGAGUCCCUCCACACCAAACUCCAUCAGCGUCCUGAGACGCCUUCGAGCUGCCACGCCCUCUCUGAGACCACCGACCACUCAGACAGGACCUCCCUGGUGUCUGACGAGUACCAAACUAACGAGGACUUGGAGCUUUGCUCUGACCUAGACUCCAGAGAAUAUCAAGAGGAGAAUCACCUGCGUCAGCCGGGACACCGAUCAGAACAAGAUGUCCGUCCAUCUAUCCCUCCUCCCCAUGGCCUCCUCAAGUCUUCCAGCAGCUGUCCCAACAUGCUUUAUUCAUCCACUGUGCAGUCCUCCAGAGGUAUGGGACUCACAGAUGCCCUUUUCAGCGAGCCUGUCUUCUCCUCCUCCUUCUCUAUCCCCUCUGGCCCUGACGUCUGGGGUUAUGAAGUCACUUCUGACCCCCGGCCCAGGGCCCUGUCUGUGAUCGCUGUUCGCCCAGAGCUGGACACGCUGUACAAACAGAUGAAUGAACAGAACAGGGGAUACCCCCACGAAAAGCCUCUGUUCACUGUCUCACCCGGUGCCCACAACCAACAUGACCUCUCCAGCUACAGCCAGCUAUCCCAUCAUGCCUUUCAACAAUACCAGCUGGGUGGAAUCCCUGAAGGCCAUCCAAUGAAUUCUGACUCAGGUCUACUGACAGGAGGACCCCUGUGGGAUGUGGUGCAGCCGGGCGGGAGCUAUUCUGGGUCACCUGGACACCAACCAGGAAGCAGCCAAGCAGGCAUAAAUUUGAUAGAGGAGCACCUGCGGGAGGUGAGGUGUCUCCGUCAGCGUCUGGAGGAGUCCAUUAGGACCAAUGAGAGGCUCCGGCUACAGCUGGAGGAGAAACUGGCCUCGACUGGUCGUGAUGGAGGAGCCCCAACAAACAUCUAUAUUCAGGGACUGGACACGGUCACUCAAUUGUCCAAUGAGAUCAGAGUCCUGAAGGAAGAGAACUUGGGUCUCCAGUCACGUCUGCAGGCCAGCACAGACACAUGUGAAGAGGUGGUGCAACUGCGGGAGGCUGUGUUCACAGCACGAGCCCGCCUGAAGCAAUCAGAGCUGGAGGCCGAGCAGUGGAAGGACGAGCUAAGGCGGCUGCAGGCUCACAGCCAGGAGCAGGGGCAGCAGAUUCACACGUUUAGGCAGGAGCGACAGGCCGGUCAGGAGAGAACCAACAGGCUCCAGCACGAGGUGUCCCUCCUGCAGCAGCAGCUGUGUGAGAGCAGGGAACUCAUCCACUCCCUGCAGAGCGAACUGCACGUUUAUGAUCGAGUGUGUUCCAGCACCAAGACCAACAAAGGGUACCUGUGUGAGGUCCCAGGUCUACCGGUGGAGCUGGGGGAGCUGCUUGGGGAGGUGAGGAGUCUGCGGGCCCAGCUGCAGAACAGCGUCCAGGAAAACAGCGCCCUCAAGCAACUGGAGCUCCACAAGCAGCUGGAACAGAAGCUGGGAGUCGGGUCUCCUCGGACCCCGUCUCUCUCUGCCCUCACUGCCAGCCCUCAGCGAGAAAACUUCUACAGGCGACAGCUGCUUCAUGACCCAGCUCCGUCUCCACCAGUCAGGGACAUUGGUCUGUUUAACUGUGGAUCUCCUGGUCCUCCCUACUCAGACCUGGAUGACAGCCAUAGCACUGCCAAUGCUCUGUUGCCCCCAGCAGACCCUCUUGACCCGCACUCUGAGCUGGAGGGGGAGGCACCUGAUGGAUCCUUCGCCAACCGCAAUGGUCGCCACGCCAUCGGUCACGUGGACGACUUCAGUGCUCUGCAGCAGCAAGUCCUAGAGGGGCGGAGCCUCGUCCAGCGCAUGGAGGCGACCCUGCAGGCCUGCCUCAGCCCCUCACUGCUGGAGGGCAGCCAGAAACACAGCGGCGAGCUGGUUCUGGACUACGGAUGCGUGAAGAGCCUUCUGUCCAACACCAAGACCCUGAGGCAGAUCCUGGAGGAGGCCAUGUCUCUGCUGAAGAUGUUCUGGAGAGCGGCUCUUCCCAGCACCGAUCCCUCCGUCCAAAACCUCAAGAAGGAGCAGUGCAUGCAGGAGGAGAUCUUGUCCCUGAAACUGCGUAUUUCCGAGCAGGAAGAGGUUCUCAAGGGGACGAUACAAAGACUGAGGAGCACCAGCCGCACCAAGGAGAGCAUGGAGCACUUCAUAGUCAGCCAGUUAUCAAGGACUCGUGACGUGCUGAAAAAAGCCAGGACAAAUUUAGAGAAGAAUGAGCUGAGGCUUUCCUCUCUAAGCUCCUCCUCUUCCUCCCCCUACGCUGCUGAGGACCCAGGAGGUGCUCCCAGAGUGCGGCCUGCUGAUCGCAGUUUCCUGAAGACGGGAGUGGCCGGCGUCGCUGCCCAUCAGCGUCCGGCGGCGAGGAAGCGCAGCAGCGAAUGCCUGCUUUAGACUUUCACUGAACCAGCCUCAACUCUACCACCUCUGACCUCUUUGCUGAGAUAGCCAAGUCCCAUCAACCCCCACCCUCUUUCCCAUCCCCCCCUGCACCAGCUUACCCCUCUCCCGCCGGCCCAGCCAUAAAAGUACCUCCAUCCUUCCCUCCCCCAGGCAAUAUGUGCACCGUAUAAUCUGCACCUUGAGCCUUACCCUCUCCUCCAUCACGCGUAUUGUUGUCUUUGAGUGAUACAGUCAGCAGUUGCCUUGUUGUUGUUGUUGUGUGCGACAGAAGAAGGAGUUUGAAAUGUGCCUCCGAAGGUUUCAGUGACAUGUGUCCUACUGAUGGAACCGGUUGAAGAUGCUCUUAGAUGCCGACCUUACCUUACACAUGGCACAUUUUUCCAUCAGUAUUUAAGAAAUGUUUAAUUACCAAUGUGCUUUUAUACAUUUAGACGAAGAAUGUACACCAAACACUUAAAUCACAUUUAAAAAAAAAACAAAAAAAAAUCAACUUUGGGUUUGACGGAACUUCACUUGUGACUUACAAUCCAGUUUUUGUAUAACGCACGCCCUGCAUCUAAGAGCAUCUUCUCCCGAUAGCCAGGCAGCUUGUGGACGGUAAGGUUUGUAAAGUUGUUUAAAAUGGCUUGCGAGAGGAUUUCUGCGCACACGGACGCACGCGUGUAUCUGAACGCGUGCGGUCGAGCACGGCUCACUCAAAGACAAGGCGGCCUCGACUCCCGACUGCCACCGAAAUGCAAGUUUACUUUUCGUGGCACUUUUAUUAACGUUCUUUUCUUUUUUGCAGAUGCAAUGCAAAAAAAUUAAAAAUGACACCUACAAUGUAUUACUACACACAGUGGGGGAAUGUAUAGUAGGUAGAGCACUGCUAUGUAGUUGUGUAUAUUUGUGGAGGAUGCUUCUGAAUGACGUGCCGGCCUUUAGCCAGUGGGUUAUUAAUAGCAGAACUAAAGCCAGAGAAAGGUUCCAUUUAAGCCACGAGCCUCCUAGUUAAGGUCCCAGUGGGGACCUGUUUGCAAAUUCAAAUGUACUAAAUAAGUCAAAAAUUGGAAGAGCUGAGCCUGUCAGUCUGAUUGAUUGUGGUUUCAAGAGUUGGAUACGUAAAGAGGUUCAAGUACUCAAAUGGAACCAGGCUAAACACGCGUACUCACUCCUCUGUAGGAGUUCUCAUACGAGCAUGUGCAAUAAUGAUGUUUUUUCUUGAAUGAAUAUGCUGCACCGGGUUAUUAUUUCUUCGCCUGACACUGGAUUAUUAUUCACACUCAUAGUAAUGUUAGAACACUACCAGAUUGUACCUUUUUCUCCUCGAGUGUUGAUGCAUGACCGGGAUUGUGAAUGAUAAAAAAAAAAAAAUCUAAUCUAUGGAACAAGCCAAUACUUGCCAAAGUUUGAACUUCUUCUUUACUUCACUCUGACUUGCCUUAUCCAUGCGAAUGACAAAACCCGUGCCGGAUAAUGCCGCCGGGUUACCGAAGUGUCUUUUUUUUUUUUUUUAAGAAAAAAGGGCCUCUAGAACCACAGAGACGGUAACCGUUAGACAGAUGGUUCGUUUUAUUUUGACAGAAAUGAGCUCCUUUCUGGACCAAAACUCUACAAAGUGGAUUUUUUCCCUCACAAGGCCAUAUGCUAUUGUCUUUAUGUUAUGUCGUUCUCUUGGUUCGGGCCAUUUUUAGCAUUCCCAUGGCAAUGGCAAUAUGGAUUAUUAAGUUCUUAGAGAUGAUACAAACUUUGGCAGGCUGCUGAUGGCGUCAUUGUUCCGUUAUUCGCUAACUUAGAACUGUUCAGUUUCACAUUUAGUUUGUUUUUUGUGUGUGUGUGUUGCUGUACAUUUGCCAUUUUGUGCUGUAAAUAAGCUGUACGAUUUUUACUUUGUGAGUGUGCGUGAAAACAUCCAACAUUUGCUUUUUGCAAAGUUGAUUAUCUGGGUAGCUGUGCAAUAGCUUGAUUUUAUUUUGAUGUUAAACAUCAUUGUUUUAUGAGUAUGUUUGCUACUUCCACUUCUUGCAAUGCAUAAUUUAUAUGCGGUGUGUGUUUGUGUCACUUUGAAGCAAUUGGUCACAUGAUAAGUAAUCACAAACUAUGCCUUCAUGAUAUUUAAGACACUGAUCACAGUUUCAUCCACCUAUAACUAAGCUCUAAUUAAUAUCGCUUCGCUUGCCUUUAAAUUUAGCUUAGGCUAGCUCCGUCUGCUCUCGUCGGUAGAAAUUGCCUCUACCUGAGUUUUGCCAAAUUAGGUUUUGUUUGUGCUCAAGUCUCACAAAAGUUGCCAAGUAUUUCAAUAGGGUUAAACAGUUAAGGGGAGAAAUGUUGAAGGAUUGUGUAGUAUAAUUAAAAAGCCAAUGACUGGAAAGAUUGUGAAACGUUGGUUCACAGAGCACCUUGUCGAAGCGCAAACAAAGCCUUUUUGCUUUUUGCUAAUAAAGAAGGGAAUCAAACAGCAGCAGUUUGAAACGUUGUAUCGUGGAGUUGCAUAUGUAUAUAGUGCUAGCUGAUUGGUGCAGCUUUUUUCCUGAGUUUGUGUAUAAUGAAGUAGAAAGCCGAUACAGGACUCAUAAGGAUCCUGUCUCUGAUGAGAGUUCACAGUGUGUUGUGUUGGGAAACGUAUUACCUAUGAAGGAUUUUAAGACGGAAUGAAUAAAACACUUAAAAAUA